AUGCGGCCACAAUGCGGCCGGCGGGUCUUGAUUUCAUCUGUGGGGAGCCUGAUGCCACGGACCCUGGAUGGACAGAUCACCAUGGAGAAGACCCCCAGCUACUUUGUGACCAAGGAGGCGCCGCGGCGCAUCCACAACAUGUCCCGGGACACCAAGCUGAUCGUGGUGGUGCGCGACCCCGUCACCCGCGCCAUCUCGGACUACACGCAGACCCUGUCCAAAAACCCCUCCAUCCCCAGCUUCCAGGCCCUGGCCUUCAAAAACCUCAGCACGGGACUGAUCGACACCAGCUGGAGCGCGGUGCGGAUCGGCAUCUACGCCAAGCACCUGGAGAACUGGCUGCAGUUCUUCCCCCUCUCCAGGUUCCUGUUCGUCAGCGGGGAGAGGCUGGUCAGCGACCCCGCCGGGGAGAUGGGCCGUGUCCAGGACUUCCUGGGGCUCCAGAGGCUGGUGACAGACAGACAUUUCUACUUUAACGAGACCAAGGGCUUUCCCUGCCUGAAGAAGCCCGAGGGGGGGAGCAGACCCCGGUGUCUGGGCAAGUCCAAGGGGCGGCCGCACCCCACCAUCGACGGGCAGGUGGUGCAGCGCCUGCGCGAGUUCUACAGACCCUUCAACAUGAAGUUCUACCAGAUGACAGGGCAGGAUUUUGGGUGGGACUGAGCCCAUCCCCAGGGCACGCUGCCGGGCUGGCACCUGGGCUGCCAGGACUGCGGUCCAGGGAUGUCUGUGGUCAUCAUUGUCCAGGGAUGUCCAUGGUCAUCGUGGUCAAGGGAUAUCUGUGGUCAUCACUGUCCAGGGAUGCCUGUGGUCAUCAUGAUCCAGGGAUGUCUGUGGUCAUUGUCCAGGGAAGCCUGGGGUCAUCAUGAUCCAGGGAUGCCCAUGGUCACUGUGGUCCAAGGAUGCCUGUGGUCACUGUAAUCAAGGGAUGCCCAUGGUCAUCAUGGUCCAAGGAUGUCCAUGGUCACCGUGGCCCGGGGAUGCCCAUGGUCACUGUGGUCAAGGGAUGCCCAUGGUCAUGGUCCAGGGAUGCCUGUGGUCAUCAUGGUCCAGAGAUGCCCGUGGUCAUCAUUGUCCAGGGAUUCCCAUGGUCACUGUGGUCAAGGGAUGCCCAUGGUCACCCCACCAGCACCCUCCUCCCUUUGUUCUAAUUUAUAUGGGACCUUUUCUGGCAAGAAACGGACUUUUCUGGAGUAGAGAGAAAUAUUUAAUAAAACCUCAGAUGAGCCCUCUCCCCUC